AAUUUUCAAAACAGAGCAGCUGUUUCAAUCGCAACCAUAAAAUCAAACCAGUAGAAGGAAUUUUUCCAGUAAACAACGUUGCGUAUGGUAGGCAGGUAGCGUGGUUUGUGGUAUCCCACCGUGUUGUAUGGUGGAGUAUCGGCGCACCAUGGCCGGCCUCACGACCAUGAUUUGGCUCUGGCAGCUCCUGGUGCUGCUGCUAGCAGCGGUGCUCAGAGCUGAACCGGAGGCUGGCGAACCAAAGACUUCUGUGUUCAGGAGGAACAUCUAUGACAACACCGAGAAUAAUCCGCGCUCUCACUUCUCCGACAAUUACGGAAGGUUUCGCAGGCAGUUCCCUGGAGCCGCAGACGCCUCUGGAAGCUCAGCUUCCGGAUUUUCAUCGCUACGCGGAUCGGGAUCAUCGUUCGGGCCGGGAAGAAAAGGCGGUUCGCGGAAUUCGCCGAACCGAGCGAGCUUACCGUUCCCUGGUCUCGGAGGUCCAGACGCUUUCCUCACGGCUGAGACUACCGAAGCACCUCUUGAAGACGACUCUUCCCUCGGCUUCAGAGGAAGUGGAGGUUUUCCAGGCUUCCCGAACAACAGGGAACGAGGGAUUGGCGGUGGCAGUAGUUUUGGACAACCAUCGAAAGGAGGGUCCCGCGGGCGAGGUGGUUCCCAACCUGAAGGUUCUUCCAGCGCAUUUAGCUUCCCAGGUGCUUCUGGAGCCAACCCUUUCGCUGCUCCAUCUUCUUCAUUCAACUCUCUUUCUAGCCGUGGAUCUUUCAAAACAGGCACCAGCGCUUUAAAUGCCGCGCCGUCAUUUUCUGGAGCUCUAAAUACGCCUAAUUUGCAACAAGGUUCUAGUGACAACGAUGGCUUCCCAAUACCCUCGGGUUUCGCUACGAACGGUGGUUUCCCGCAGCCUCUUGGCUCGCCGUUUGGUGGUUCUUUCAGUGCUCCCGUCAACAGCAGGUACCCAUCAUCAAACUCUGGAAAUUCUUUCCUAUCAGGAAGUGAUGCUUUUCCACAACCAGGAGGCUCCCUCUCUUUUCCUUCACCCGGAUCUUCAAACUCUUUUCCUGGAGUCGGUGGAGGAAGCUCUUCUUUUCCAUCGCUUGGAGGAUCUUCUGGAUCGUCGUUUCCAUCUCCAAUAGGAGGAUCUGGAUCGCCCUUUUCGCCACAAGGAGGUCUUCCUUCUGGGUCAUCAUUUGGACAACCGGGUGGACCACCUGCUUUUGGACAACCAGGGAGUCCUCAGGGGUCAUUUUUCCCACCGCCUUCCUUCAGAGGCUCUGGCUCUUCAGCCUCUUUCCCCGGUCUGCCGUUUUCAGGGGCUAGUCUGUCCGGAGGCAGCAGCUUGCCUAUCGACGCUAACCUGAUUGCAGCCCUGAAGGGAAAUCCAGAGUUUUCAAAUCUAGGCCUCAAUCUCGAUGAAUUGAUGGGCAUUGAACCUACAACGACAAAACCACCACUGCGCGUGCCCUCUGACGAAGAUAGGGAUAAGAUCUUCAGCGGAGGCUUAGCUGGUGGACCCACACGUGGCCAACCACAGCCUCAGCUUCUGCCCCAGCCUCCGCCCCAAUCUCUUCCCCAACCUCUGCCCCAGCCUCUGCCGCAGCCUCAGGCUCAGUCUUCAAAGGGCCCUGCAGCACGAACCCCUUCUUUCAAUGGCGGCUGCGAGACGGAGCCUGAGGCGCCCCUGAACGGCGUGAUCCAGUGCAGCUCCUUCGCCGGCUGCCGGGCGCGGUGCGAGCGCGGCUACCGCUUCCCUCUGGGGGAGGCGCGCGUCUUUGUCGCCUGCGAGGACGGCGCGUGGCAAGUGCGGGGGGCGUCGUACCAGACGCUGCCUCCGUGUGAACCGGAGUGUGAGCCAGCAUGUCAGAACGAGGGCAUCUGCCUGCGCCCCAACGAGUGCAGUUGUCCCGCUAACUGGGAAGGCCCCGCGUGUGAGACGCCCAAGGCCAGGGCCCCAGUGAGCGAGUUCGUCGAGUGCUCCAGCAAGCCUCCGACUCCCAUGAACAGUCGCAUCUUCUGCUCCAGGGAAGAAUGCGUGGCCAAGUGUCACGAAAAGUACCAGUUUGCGGAGGGAGUGACACGACUUUUCUUCGACUGCAUCAGCGGCAGUUGGCAGAUACGCGGCGCGCAGUGGAAGACUGUGCCGGACUGCAAACCGAUCUGUGACCCUGAGUGCCUGAACGGUGGCGUCUGCCUCGCCCCAGACAUCUGCGAGUGUCCUGCGGAGUAUCGUGGCGACCAGUGCCAGUAUCCAAUAUCGAACUGCGACGCCAAGAAGCUCGGUUUCAACGGCGGCUACAACUGCACCGGCGAGGGCAUGGACUUUGGCUGCAAGCUCUGGUGCCCUCAGGGCAUCGACUUCAAGUUCCCCGCCGCAGAACUCUACGCAUGCGACUACGCCACGAGUCGCUGGUCACCGCUACCUAUACCAGAGUGUGAUUAUGAGUCGGCCUUCGGAAGUUUUAAGGAAGGCUCGCUGAGUUUCGGGGAGACUUCUUUAGUGGACGUCGUGGAGGCGGAGGCGCUGGGGUCUUUCGUGGAAGCGAAGCCCGUACGACGGCGACCGGGGACUUGCAUUACGUGGUCUGGCGCCCACUACAAGUCCUUUGAUGGACGUGUGUACAGCUUCACGAGCAACUGCCCGUACACGGUCCUCCAAGACGCGGCGCUCGGGACGUUCAGCCUGAACCUCCUGCCGGCCAAGGGCUGCAGGAGCGGCGAGGUGUGCAGCAAGUCCCUCAAGCUAUUCCUCGAGGGCGACGAGUACACCCUCUCCAGGGCGCCUGACGGGCGGCCGGCGCUCGUGUACCGAGACACGACUCUGGCCAUCCCGGGCCACAUGAAUGGCCUUGUGUCGGAACGAGUGGCCCAUUUCGUGGUCCUCAAACUGGCGGGCCUGGGCCUCACUGUCAAGUGGGAUCUGGAGGACUUGGUGGUGACUGAGGUAACGGAGAUGCUCUGGAACAGGACUGCUGGGCUAUGUGGACUGCUGGACGGCAUACAGGGCAAUGAUUGGGCUUACGCCGAUGGGUCAAGCGAGACCCAGAUGACCACCUUCCUGAAGGCGUGGGAGGCCACAACGCUUGGAGAAUCCUGCUCUUCUCCGCCUGAAACACAAAGUCCAUGCAUCAACAAUCAGGGUCUCCGCAGGAACGCCCAGCGCUUCUGCUCCGCCUUGACCCUCGACCCUCGUCUGGCGGACUGCAGGAAGCUGAUUGACGUGACAUCGUACGUGGAAGCCUGCAAGUGGGACUUCUGCAGAUGCGAAGGCGAGGGCGAGACGUGCGCUUGUUCCUCCUACAGCGCCUUCGUCAGGGCCUGUACCGCAGAAGGCGGACGUGUGCCCGGGGGCUGGAGAACCGAUGACCUUUGUCCAAUGGACUGCGGCUAUGAGAAGGAAUACCGACCGUGCAUGGCGGCCAUAGAGCCGCGCUGUGGACAGGCCGCCGAGGCCACCGAGCCCGAGUUCUGCGUGGAGGGCUGUGGUUGUCCAUCAGGCACUGUGCUGAUGGACAACAAGUGUAUCCUUCCUCAGGACUGUCCAUGCACUUAUCAUAACAAGACAUAUGGAACUGGCGACACUAUACCCAAUGACUGUAACACGUGCACCUGCGUGGGCGGCGUGUGGCAGUGCACUGAGGUGAAGUGCGGCUCGCGCUGUGCGGCAGUGGGCGACCCGCACUACACCACCUUCGACGGCCGCCGCUACGACUUCAUGGGCAAGUGCUCCUACUACCUCGUCAGGGGCGCCGACUACAGCGUCGUCGCUGAGAACACACCCUGCGCCGGGGCAAUCUCCGAGGCGAUGAACUUCCCCGCGUCGGUGGUGUCGACGUUCCCCUCGUGCACCAAGUCCGUGACCGUCACGUCAGGCUCGACCGUCGUCAAGCUCAAGCAGGGCAGGGAAGUCCUCGUCAACGGCGUCGAGACGAAGCUGCUCCCUCUCUGGGUCUCCGACAUCUACAUCAAGAAGGCAUCGAACCUCUUCGUCGUGGUGGAAAUGCCGAACGGGCUGGACGUCUGGUGGGAUGGACAGACCCGUGCGUACGUGGACGCGCCGGCGGCCAUGAGAGGGCAAGUGUCGGGACUCUGCGGCACCUUCACCGACAACCAAAAAGACGACUUCCUCACUCCUGAGGGCGACGUCGAGCAGAACCACGUCGCCUUCGCCAACAAGUGGAAAAUUUCCGAGCGGUGCGAGGACAUGCCGAUGCUGGACGAAGCUCAUCCAUGCGACCGACACGUCCAGAACAAAGACGCCGCCGUCAAGUACUGCGCUAAGAUCAAGUCUAACAUCUUUGCCGACUGCCACCUGCACGUUGACCCCGAGCCGUACCACAGCGACUGCCUGUACGACCUCUGCUCCUGUGAGCAGGACCUCAGCGACUGCCUCUGCCCCAUCCUCGCCGCCUACAGCGUCGAGUGCGCCAGGAAGGGCGUCCUGCUCGACUGGCGAGGGCAUGUGCGGCAGUGUGGCGUUCACUGCACGGGAGGUCAACAGUACCAAGUGUGCGGAGAUUCGUGCACGCAUUCGUGCUACGACCUGGCCACGAACCCUGGCUGUAAGAGGAAGUGCGUGGAGGGCUGCAACUGCCCCGAGGGCUUCACUCUGGACGCCUCGGGCAUCUGCGUGCCCAUGAGCCAGUGCCCCUGCGUGUACCUGGGCAAGGAGUACAAGGCGGGGUACGAGAUGAUGCAGCCUGACGCAGAGGGCAAGCGCAGCGUCUGCGAAUGCAUUAUGGCGCAAUGGGAUUGUCACGAGCCCACCCAGAACGAGCUGGAGUCGGAGAAGUUCUUCGAGCUGCCACAAGUUGGCUGUUCGGAGUCUGAUAACCUAGUCUACACCGAGUGCAUGCCAGACGAAGAGGCUACAUGCAAGACGAUGCACUUUGUUGAGAGCGAGCACGUGUCUGACACGUGUAAGGCAGGCUGCAGGUGUUCCCCGGGACACGUACGGGACACGGACACGGGUGCGUGUGUCCCCCAACACGCAUGUCCCUGUCAUCACGGUGGUCGCUCGUAUGCAGAAAAUCAAACCAUCGUCGAAGAAUGCAACACAUGCACGUGCACGGCUGGAGAGUGGGUAUGCGGCACACAGGAGUGCCCUCAGAUCUGCACCGCUUGGGGCGACUCGCACUACAAGACGUUCGACGGGCGCCUCUACGAGUUCCAUGGCACGUGCGACUACAUGUUGGCUAAGGCCAAGGCCAAGGGCCCCGAUAGCUUCCAAGUGUCUAUCCAGAAUGUGCCGUGCGGCACCAACGGCGUGACCUGCGCCAAGUCCAUCACGCUGAGGGUGGGUGGGGCGGACAACCAGGAGGUCGUCGAGUUCUCCAGGGACAAGCCCCUGCCAACCAACUCGCUGAGCCGCACGAUUAUUCGUGAGGCGGGCGUGUUCGUGUUCGCCGAGGUGCCCGACAUGGGCCUCACCCUGCAGUGGGACCGGGGCACCCGCGCUUACCUAACACUCAGCACCCGCUGGCGCAACAUGGUGAAAGGCCUGUGCGGCAACUACAACGGCGACGACCAGGACGAUUUCCAGACGCCGUCUGGCGGCACCGCCGAGACGUCGGCGCGAAUAUUCGGCGACUCCUGGCGACUGCAGAACUACUGCCCUGAGAGCUCCUUGAUUGAGGACACUUGCGCCCUGCACCCCCACCGCAAGGUCUGGGCCACGGAGAAGUGCGCGCUGCUCAAGAGCGCAGUCUUCGCUCCAUGCCACUCAGAGGUCCCCGUCGACGCCUACAUCUCCAGAUGUCAGUUCGACACGUGUGGCUGCGACACGGGCGGUGACUGUGAGUGUUUGUGUACGGCCCUGGCAGCGUACGCACACGAGUGCAACAUACACGGCGUGUACGUCAGGUGGAGGACUGAACAGCUGUGUCCGAUGCAGUGCGACGAGACAUGCGAGCACUACGAGCCCUGCAUCCCUACGUGCGGCACGUCUACGUGCGACACGCUGCUGGCGCCCACGUCGCCUACGUGCGUGGACGCGACGUGCGUCGAGGGCUGCGCCAGGGACGUGUGCCCACCCGGCCACGUGCACAAGAGCGCGUCGGAUAAGUCGUGCGUGCCUGCCGUGGACUGCGACAAGAAGUGCCUUGAAGAGGAGGGCAAAGUCUUCAUGGAGGGCGACGUGAUGAGCGAGGAUGACUGCCACCGAUGCUUCUGUACCCGGAAGAAGAAGGUGUGUCGAGGCACUCCUUGCACCACUCCUCACUCCAGCACCACUGUGGUGUUCACCACGUCACCCAUGGUGAAUGAAACCUCCACCAGCCUUCAUCUGGACGAUGUCACCACCAUCACCCCACCACCCACCACCCGAUGUAGGAGCGGCUGGACCGUCUGGAUUAACCGAGACCUUCCCAUUGCCUUCAAGAAAAAUACGGACCAUGAAUCUCUACCGGAGAGAAUAGUCAUGACGAACCCAGAAAAAGGCUACUGCGAGAAGGACAUGGUCACCGACAUCCGAUGUCGCAAGGUGGGCACCCACGAGUCCUGGGACAGAACAGGACAGCCCGUGACCUGCACCCUAGAGGACGGGCUCCUGUGUAGGGGCAGGCAGGGCAAGGGCGCUGGGCCUAGGGACACCUGCCACGACUACGAGAUCUCCUUGCUGUGUGACUGUGGUAAACAAGUUCCUUCGACUACGAUCAUAGCAGAGCCCGUGACCGCUCCACCUUUGGUUCUUCCGUCAACGGAACCGCCGUUCAUCCCUGUACCAAUGGACUGCGUGGAGGAGUGGACCCCAUGGAUGAACCAACAUCAGCCUAACGAGUUCGGCGAGUUCGAGACCCUGGAUGCCAUCCGGGAAGUUGAGUCCUUCUGUCCCCGCCACUACAUCAAGAGCGUUGAGUGCAGGAACGCCGACCAGUCACGGCUGUUCAAUUUCGUCAAGUGCGACAUCAAUGGAGCGACUUGCAGGAAUAACGGUGAAGGUAGCUUGAAGUACUGCUUUGACGUGGAGGUGCGGGUUCUGUGUCAGUGCCAGUGCCAGGAUGGUCUUGGAAUGGAGUCUGGCACCAUUCCUGACAGUGCCAUAACCUCGAGUGCCAGCCUCAUUCCUGGCAUGCAGGACACGGCAUAUCGGGCCAGGCUCAACUCAAGGAACCGGGAUGUUCUGAACGAUGAAAGAUUUCCUGUGGGCGCGUGGACUGUUCCAACUGUAGGACCUGUAGACGAGCAGUGGCUGCAAGUUGAUCUUGGUGAGCGCAAGGAGGUGACGGGGGUGGUAACCCAGGGCUCCCCAUCUGGCCGGCUCUUCGUCUCGCGGUUUGCAGUGCAGGUCUCGUCUGACGGCUCCUCCUGGACUGAAAUAAGGGACCUUAAUGCCGACCAUGCUAAGAUUUUCGUCGGCAACACAGACGGCAGUUCGGCGGUGACUAACUUGUUCCCGGCGCCCGCGAUGGUGCGCUUCGUAAGGGUCGUGCCCCUGCCGGGGGGCCUCGGACCCGCGGGCGGCGCCCUCAGGAUCGAAUUAAAAGGAUGCGAUAUGCCAGAAGAAGUGGAGCUGUCGACGCUCCCUCCCUUCGCUACGACGGUGCCUCCACUCCUACACGUGACCGUGCCUAGAGAACCUGUGUGUACGGACGGGUGGACCCCGUGGAUGAACUCGCACACACCCAUGCCGGGUGACUGGGCUCCUGAUCACUGCUACGACUACGAGAUCAGAUUCAACUGUGACUGCGGACUGACAACCCCCUAUACGGAGCCCAGCACCCGCCCCCCAUGGGGCCCGACCGCCCCCGCCCUCACCGCCACCACGCUGCCAGACGUGGAACUCAUCGGCGAGAUCUGCAACCCAAGCCUGCCUGCUAAAAUACACGAAACGUCGUGUCAAAAGUUCUAUGAGUGUUCCCCCAUGGGUGGGUCUCGCGGGUACCUGGUUGAGAAAGUAUGCGGGCCCGGGACACUCUUCAACCCCACCUCGAUGACGUGCGACUGGCCCGCUGCUGUGGAGCUCGUCAGGCCAGAGUGCAGGGACAUGCCAGUGCCAGUGCCCCCUGAGGUUGAUGGCUCGGGCCUGCCGCCCCCACCGUGGGGACCGGGGACCACGCCCCCCACACCCCCCUGUGAGGACACAUGGACUGAGUGGUUCAACGUGUCCCACCCGAGUGACGAUGGCGGAGACUACGAGACGUACGAGGCCAUCAAGCUGCAGCAUCCUGACGUGUGUGACGUCACGCACGUCGUCAAUACAGAGUGUCACUUCAGCGUCGUCACGACGAGCGGCCCCAGCCGGGGCCGUAAAGGUGGCCGUAAAGGGGCUCGUCAGCCGACACAAAUUGGCCGUUAUACGACCACUGUGCUGGACGUUUCCGAGUCUACGGACAGCAACGUCCGGUGUGACCGUUACGGGCUACAGUGCAGUAACGCAGAUCAGAAUAACGGUCAGGACUGCAACGACUACGCCGUGCGCUUCCUGUGCGCUUGCGACGCGGUUAAACUUCAGAGCACGCCAGCCUUGCCCCCCUACACCGACUCCCGAUACUCCUCAGCUACCCCCGACGAGCACAUGUACAAUGACUGGUGCCCGCCGGGCAAGUCGAUGAAGGAGCGAGCCAUACCCUGCGCGCGCGUGUGUCUCUACCAGCGCAGGGUGCUGGCCCAGACUGGGCACUGCCUUAGCCCGGGUGACUACGCACCAGCCUGCGCAGACGACGAGACAGGCGUCGUGUGCCCCCCAGGCAUGCUGCUCAGGGACAAGGCGAACUGCGUGGCCAUCUUCGACUGCAACUGCUACCUCCCUAACGGCGUCGCCGCGCCGCCCGGAAAGACGUUCCUGGUCUCUGACUGCGAGGUCUGCAUGUGUGCUAACAACGAACUCAAGUGCGAGACUUCGGCUUGCGCCACCACACCCACACCUUCAACCUUGCCUUCUCUUGAUUUCAAGAAGUUCGAGUGCAACAAAUGGAGUCCUUGGCUGGACGAGCACAAGCCGAACGGCGAAGGAGAAAUAGAAAGCCUUCUGCAGCUCCGGAGAAAAUACCCUGAGCUCUGCGAAGCACCCGUGUCAGCUGAAUGCGUCACUGUGGCGGAUGGUCGGAGCGUCGCGGCCUCUGGUCAAGACGUGUCGUGCACUGCUGCUGGGGGUCUGCUCUGCCGCAACCUCCUCAACCCUGGGGGAUGCCGGGACUACAAAGUUCGUUUCUACUGCCCCUGCCUCGAGGAGGACAGAAUCUUGUUGGACUCCACUACCACGACCACAGCCCUUGUCCCGACGACGCCCCCUCUGCCCCCUCUGGAGGGCUGCUACCAGCCCUUCUGGACGGAGUGGUUCAACACGACGCACCCCGCCGACGCUGACGGCGACUACGAGCUGCUCGACGACAUCGCUGCCGCUGGCGCCCCCAUCUGCCCCAAGGCUUACAUCCUCGAGAUCGAGUGUGUCUACAACAAGGAAAUUGUCGUGGGCGGCGCCCAAUCGUCGAAGGGCGGCAGAGGCGGCCAAGCAGGGGCGCGCAAAGGGCGGCCACAGAAGCUCACGGCUGUGAGGUACGAAGAGACGGACUACACAGCCUCAGACGACGUGUACGUGUUGUGUGCACGUGACGUGGGCCUGACCUGCAGCAACCUGCAGCAACCUACACGUGGCCGUUGCCAUGACUACAGCAUCCGCGUCUACUGCUCCUGUGACCCCGUCCCUCAGCCAUCGGUGCCUUACACCCACCCCCCCAUCAUCACGACCCCCUCGACCCCCUACCCAGGAUGGCCAGCUGUUGGUCCAAGCUGUCCCGAGGGGCGCGUGGCGAUGGACUGCGCGGCGCCGUGCGACCGCGUGUGUAUGUUCUUUGAGGGCUUCCUGCACGACGCCGGCCACUGCUUCGUUGACAGCGACUGCGCCCCAGCCUGCGCUGAUCCUGCACGCCGGACGGCCUGCCCUACCGACCUGUAUCUGCAGGAUAACUCGACCUGCGUCGCCUCUGAAGACUGCACCUGCAGGCUGCCAGACGGACUACCUCUGCCAGCUGGGCGUGAAUACGAAGUAUCGAAGUGUGAGAAGUGUAGGUGUGUUAACAACCACCUGGAGUGUGUGACGAACCCUACCUGCGUGUCGGUGGAACCACCCAUCGGCGUCACUACUUUGCCACCAUUAGAGAUCACCGUGGGCACCACAACCACCACUACCAGGACGCCACCCAAACCACCUGUACCCAUCAGGUGCAACGAAUGGACGCCGUGGCUGAACAUGAAGCGUAGCGCGGACGGCGACUUCCAGCGCAUCGCUGAGCUGCGGCAGCGGGACGAGUUCCGGGACCUGUGCGCCGCCCCCGCCAACGUCUCGUGUCGGGACGCUAACGCCAAGCUACCAGCGGAUCAGCUAGGCCAGGUGCUGACAUGCGACACGACGGACGGCCUCGUGUGUCGCAACGCUGACAACUCGCAGCCCUGCUACGACUAUGAGGUCGCCUUCUUCUGCGCCUGCGACCACACCCCUCCCUCAGGGGUGUCCACCCCCAGGCCACGCGCCGGUGUCAUGACAACUCCGGCGCCGUGUAACGCCUGGUCGCCGUGGAUCAACGAGCAGAAGCCGUGGCUGGGCGGCGGCGACGUGGAGCGCAAGACGCUGGCGCAGCUCAGGGAGGAGUUCUCUUUCUGUCUCGAGGGCGAGCUAGCGGACAUCGAGUGCCACAACACCGCUAACGGCCUCUCGACCCCCGACCGAGACACCAUCUGCGACCUGCGCUUUGGCUUCCAGUGCAAGAACGACAAGCAACCCAAGGGCGCCUGCUACGACCACAGGAUCCGCUACUUCUGCUCUUGCGAAACGACUCCAGCCACGUCCACCAUUGUCAUGGUGCCCAUCACUCCUACGCCUGCCAGCGUCUGCUCUCCUGACGACUACAUAGAACUGAUGCAGGAGGUGGAAGACUCGGCCCUGGCGGCGUCGUCCUCUGUCAACGCCUUGUUCGGGCCGCCCCAGGCCCGCCUCAGCAACCCGACCGCACUCGGUUGGUCACCCCGCACGGAUAUACCAAACCAGUACCUGCAAGUCACCCUGCCUGGUCCCCGCACCCUGUACGGGGUGAUGGUGGCGGGCUCACCCAACGCACCCAACGCUGUCGAGGUCUUCACCCUGCAGGUCUCCGAUGACGGGCUCAUUUGGUCGACGGUCGUUGAAGAUCCAGACGACCCUCAGUCCAGGGUGCUGUACAUGCGGGGCCCGACUCGGGGCAGCAGCCUGCCCGUGACCAGACUGCUGCCUCGGCCCGUGGAGACGAGGCUGGUGAGGCUCACGCCUCUGUCCUGGAACGUCAGGCCCGUCCUGAGGCUGGAACUUCAUGAGUGUGAUGAGCCGAUGGGUGUGGAGGCGGGGGAGUUCAGCACCCUACAGCUGAAGGUGUCGUCGGUCUUGGGGGACCAGCCAUUCUACGGCGCCCAGAACGUGCGUCUCAACAGUCCCGCCCUGAGACUCGUGUCUGCUGGGGCGUGGGUCCCUGAAGCCAAGGAAGGACAGUUCAUCCGCUUCGACUUCUUGUCACCCAGCAAGCUGUCCGGCGUGGAGACCCAGGGCAGAGAUGGUACGCCUGAGUGGGUUGAGACCUUCGAGGUCAGGUACUCUCCUGACGGCCUCAACUGGAACUCGCUCAAGGACCUCAGCACUGGCCAAGUUAAGGUGUUCAUCGGCAACACCGACAACAACUCGCCGGUGUUCAACUCCUUCGGGAGGCUCCUGGAGACGCGGUACCUGGAGCUGCGCCCCCUCACUUGGCACGGCGCCCCCGCCCUCAGGGUCGAGGUUAAGGGCUGCUUCCACCCUUACUCCAGGAGUCCUAAAGAAACUACGACUGAAACCACCCCCGUGUACCCCACACCCCCACCACCCGCGUACUGCUCGGCAUGCCCCCAGCUGCCCCCCACCUACUACUCGGCCUGCCUCCCCUGCCGCCCCAACCUCUUCUUCAACGGCAACGCCUGCGUGCCUGCAGCGCUCUGUCCCUGCUACAAGAACGGAGUCAUGUACGAGGUGGGCGCAAUAUACGAGACGGUGCAGUGCGAGGAGUGUACGUGUGAGAUGACCGGCGAGCAUGCGUGUCACAAGAAGACCUGCCCGCCGUGCGUGCGGGAGGGCGAGUACGGCGUCCUGACCGGCAACUGCGACUGCCUGUGCAAGCCGUGCAGUGACGGCACCAAGCUCUGCCCCUCCAGCAACUACUGCAUCAAUGACACGCAGUGGUGUGAUGGUGUCGAGAACUGCCUUGAUGAUGAGCUAGACUGCCCUACUACUACCACAGCUGUCCCGGUGGUCCCUGGCUGUCCCACGCCAUCAUGUCCCGGGGACUGGCAGGUGGUGAUCAAGAGGGACGGGGACGCGACGCGUUGUCCCGUGUACGACUGUGAGCCACCUGUCUUGACCACCCCAGCCAGCUGUCCUCCACCAGCCUGUCCUCUAGGAUACGAUAUCCACCUGCGGCCACAGAAGCAGAAGGGCUUGUGUCCGAUGUACGACUGCGUGCUGCCGUCCACGACGGCCGUGGCCUUCACGUGUCCGCCGCCGAGCUGUCCGUCGGGCUACGAGGUCGUGCAGCCUGACUACGGCUACUACGACCAGCAGCUCACGGACGCCGACGGCUGCACGCAGUACAAGUGCGCUACGUCUGCCCCGCCCACAGCCCCAUGCCCCAUGCCCCAGUGCCAGGACGGCUACGAGAUAAACUUCGCCGACAACCGCGAGCUGCUCAAGCCCUGUCCCGCCUUCGAGUGCAUCCCGCUGGCGACGACAACGGUGUGCCCCCCCGUACGCUGCGCCCCCGGCCUGCGCACGAUGUUCCUGAGCUCGGGAGGGGGCGGCUGCCCCCAGUACACAUGUCUUAAGAUCACCGACCCCCCCUACACCACCACCCCCAUGCCCACCGUCGCCCCCUGCCCUGAUGUCGCACUGCCGGUGUGUGAACCUGGCGAGGAGUUCUACCAGAAGAACUACGACGACCCGUGCCCUGAGUUCGGCUGCAAACCGAUCGGAGGUCCUCCCCCCACCACCGGCGCCCCCCAGGUCACCGCCCCUGAGUGCCAGAUGGACGGCAAGGCCUUCACCACCUUCGACGGCACCAGCUUCAAGCUGGACCCGUGCGACCACCUGCUGGCCCGGGACAAGACUGGGGACGAGUGGCGGGUCUCGGUGCACCGUAACUGCAGCGAGGAGGGAUCGUGUUCACGGUACCUGAAGGUGCAGCAGCAGCAGCACCAGCUCGUCCUCAGCCCCGACCUCAACAUUGAAUGGGACUCGACCUCCUACUCGGUGUCGCAGAUGCAAAAGAUCGGGAGUCAGUCGAAGACGUUCUCCAUAUCCAGACAAGGAGACUCUUUGUACCUACAGAGUCUAUCAAAUGCUUAUUACGUUGUCUGGGACGUCAACAUGAACGUCAAAAUAGGGUUGGACAAGACCUUGCUGCACCGCGUGGACGGUUUGUGUGGCUUCUACACCGGCCAGCCAGGCGACGACAAGACGAAGCCGGACGGCAGCCUGGCGACCACCACUGAUGAGUACGGCGACUCUUGGGCCAUCGGCGACCGCGACUGCGAGGGUCGAAAGUGUUCGCCAGAGACCACGGCCAGCGCCUUCCAGCUCUGCAAUGCCAUCGAUGCCAAGCCGUUCUCAGAGUGCCACGCGCUGGUGCCACCGUCAGGGUUCAUGCAAGGCUGUAUCGAGCGAGCGUGCGCGUGUCUCUCUGAGGGCGGGAGUGAAGAGGAGUGCAAGUGUGCGGCGCUUGGCAGAUACGUCGUCAAGUGUCUUGAGCUUGACUCAAGUAUUCCAUUGCAAGACUGGCGAGUUGUGGCCAAAUGCUACAAGGCUUGCCCGACCGGUGAACGCUAUUCCGACUGUCACGACAGCUGCGAGAAGACCUGCGACACAUACGGCCACGCUUGUCCCGAUGUUCAGUCCUCCAAAUGUUCGUCCGGAUGUUUCUGUGAGCCCGGAAUGGUCCGUAAAGACGGCCGCUGCGUGCACCCGGACCUUUGCGGGGACUGCACCUGCGAAGGAUACGGGGAUCCUCACUACAAGUCCUUCGACCGGCACAACUUUACCUUCAACGGCGAGUGCUCCUAUGUCGCUGCCAGACACAGGGAUCCCAGAGGGAACCACAAGUUCCAGGUGAUCACCCACAACAAGCGGUGCAACCGCAACCCGGUCACCAUGUGCACCGAUGGGGUUAAGAUCCUGCAUGAUGAUAGCGAAGCCGAAGUGCGCCUCCUCCCCACGGGUGUCCUCAUGACCCUCGUAGAGGGGGCCCCACUGGCGAGCUUCCCCUACAGGGAUGUACACUUCGCAGUCGAGAGGCCCGACGACAAGCACGUGGCCAUUGCUGUGCCCGCUAUCUACUUGGUAGUUACGUACUCGGCUGAAAAUUACGGCUUUACCCUCACCGUGCCCUCGCAUCAGUUCUCCAACGAGACCGAGGGACUCUGUGGAAAUUGUAACGGCGAAGCGGCAGACGACCUGCAGCUACCCUCGGGCGAGCGAGCCUCGUCGGUCGAGGAGUUCGGCUUGAGUUGGCAGGUGACGAAGGACUCGCCUGGCGUUUGUGAGGUCUUCAGGAAGGACGAGGGCGCGUGUCUCCCGCUGCCUCCUGACGAGGAUCCUUGUCUCAAGAUCAUGGACCCUGAAAUAUUCGGACAGUGCCACCCCUUGGAGGACCCCGUGGCGUACGUGUCGUCGUGCCAGCAGGACGUGUGCAUGAGUGAGGACCCCGGCACGGCUGCAUGUCAGUCGCUGAGCGCGUAUGCCAAGCGCUGCGCCCAACUUGGCACCUGCCUCGAGUGGCGCCGUGACGACCUCUGCCCUGUCACCUGCCCGCCAGGCCAGACGUACGAAACGUGUGGUCCAGGCUGCGUGCACACGUGCGACAACUACGUGCAGUACGAACACGACCCUGACUCGUGUCCCUUCAGCGUCACGGACGGCUGCUACUGUCCCGAGGGUCAGGUGCUGAUAAACAGCACCUGCGCGAGCAAGCAGGGCUGCCAGCCGUGCGACGAAGAAGGCCACCGCGAGGGCGACACGUGGCAGACAGACGCGUGCAGCAGCUGCCAGUGCAGCGGCGGCAAGGCCUGGUGCACCACCAAGGCUUGUCCCCAGGACCCCAUCUGCGACAAAGGCUACUCUCUAAUUGAGAUGCCGUCCCCGGCGGACGAGUGCUGCGGUCCCCCCAAGAAGUGCAUUCUGGAGGGUCCUCCCAACUGCCCCCCCGUCAAGGAGCCCGAGGAGCCAUGCGGUCACGGCAAGAGUUACCAGCUCGUCAUGAGCGGCGUUUGUUACGAGUUUGCUUGUCUUUGUCUGCCUCCUGAAGACUGCCCGCCUCUCGAGCAACCAGACCCUGCCACUCUCAAGCCAGGGCAGACAUUUGAGAUGAACACGCAGGGCUGCUGCCCUCGACACGUGAAGGUCUGCACGGGCGAGUGCCCCGAGCUGGAGUGUCCUGAGUUCUACGAGGUGGUGACCUCCCCAGCUGCAGGGGAGGAUUGUUGUCCCCAGCAGACUUGUGGUGAACUUGUGGUGAGUGGUGUUGUGUCCAGCAGACUUGUGGUUAGUGGUGUUGUGUCCAGCAGACUUGUGGUGAGUGGUGUUGUGUCCUGCAGACUUGUGGUGAGUGGUUUUGUAUCCAGCAGACUUGUGGUGAGUGAUGUUGUGUCCAGCAGACUUGUGGUGAGUGGUGUUGUGUCCAGCAGACUUGUGGUGGGCGACGCGUGGGCGGACGGGCCGUGCGUGGAGUGCGAGUGUGCAGUGGGCGGGGACGGGCUGCCGUACCACAGCUGCGUGCGUCGCACGUGUCCCCGUCCCGACGAUCAUCCCGACACCGGCGACUACGAGCUCGUCACCGUCCCCGUCCCCGGCGCCUGCUGUCCCGGCGUGCAGCGCGCGGCCUGCAUCGACGACGGCGAUGUCAUUGCCGUUGGGGACGAGUUAGCGGACCCCGUGAACGGGUGUCGCUCGGUGGCGUGUGAGCGCAGCGCCAGCGGCCGCGUCGAGAAGCGCGAGAAGUUCCUGACCUGCGACGAGUCCUGCGCUGACGGCUGGACCUAUGAACCCACACCGCUGUACCCGCAAGUGUGCUGCGGGUCAUGUGUGCAGAUCGAGUGCGUGCACGAAGGAGUGUCACGUCGGCCUGACGAGGAGUGGACGUCGGACGACCAUUGCAUCAACUAUCGCUGCGUCAAAGACUACGUCAAGGGGACGCUGGAGACCCGCGCCACGGAGGUGGUGUGCGACACCCCUGACGCGGAGGAGCUGGCGCUUUACUCCUACAGCAGCACACCGCGUCCCGGCCACUGCUGUCCCGCACACGUCAGGGUGGGAUGUCUCUACAACGGCGUCCCUCUCCCUCCCGGUAAAGCAAUCGCUGACCCUGAGGACCGCUGCGUAACCCUCGAGUGCGUCGUGGGGCCUGACGGUAAUGUCACCAGGAAGGAGAAGGAGCAAGCCUGCUCCACUGACUGUACGCUGGGCAGCACCUACUAUGACCCUCCGGCUGGCAGUUCUCUGUGCUGCGGUCGCUGCAUCCCGACGCACUGCGUGGAUGGCGGACGUCUAUAUGAAGUAGGCGAGACAUGGCAGAGUCCCGGAGACGCGUGCUACCAGUUCACGUGCCAGAUCAGGGACGACGUCCUGGCGACGGUCGUGGUCAAGAGGGAGUGUCCCUACUUCAACCCAGAGUGUCCACCACAAGAAGUCUACUACGAUGAGACUGGCUGUUGUCAGCUCUGCAACGUCACUUUGGUUGCUAAACGAGACUGCAAGGCGACCCCCAUGGACCCUAAGGACACGGUGGGUAUGUUCACCAUCCAGAACCGCGGACUGGGCGUGUGCAGCAACACCGAACCUAUCCCCCUCAACAUCUGCGAGGGACACUGCGACUCCAGCACCGCAUACAGGAUGCGGGGUGUUGCACCGCAGUUGGAGAACGAAUGUUUUUGCUGCCAGCCCAGCGACUACGAAGAGAUCGCCGUUCGCCUUUACUGCAACCCAGGCUUCUUCAACAUCAGGCGCUACAACAUCAAGUCUUGUACCUGUGUGCCUUGUAGCCAGGAACGGGCGUUGAAAGACCAACCUAUUGUAGACGAGACUGAGUUCUACCCUAGACCUGAAGAGUCAGUAAUGAACUGAUAUUGCCGAGAAGAGUUUCUGAGUUUGGCGAGAACGGUACUGUGGUCGAGAGCAGAAGAAUCAGUGAUUAGGAGAGGAAUUUGAAGAUGAAGGAGGGUGACAGAUAAUAUAUUCAUGCCGCUGAUGAAAGCCUUGAUGUUCAUCAGUGGCUAUUUGGAAUUCGCUGACUGUGAAAAACGAAAAUGUCAAUGAGAAAUGAGAAAGCGGUCGAAAAGUGAAAAGGCUGUCAAAAAGAGAGAAAUCUGUCUUUUAGUAAUAGGAGGCUUUCAAAAAGCAAAAAGGCAGUUGGAAGGACAGGUAGUUCCAAAAAGCGUGGGGGUAUUUAAAAGCAGGGAACCGGUUAAUAAGAAAGAUGGUUUGUUAAUUAGAAGCGUAAUGGCUCCCGAAAAGCGCGGAGGCUGUCGUAAAGUGGAACGUUGUAUAAAAGCUGAGAGGCUAACUUAAAGAGAAUAGGCUGUAGGAAAGUAACUAAGGCGUCAAUAAGUUCGAAGGAAAUGCAAAUGUCAAUUUGCUGUUCAAGUGUGAGGAGGUGCAUGAAAAUGAUGUGGAAAUGAUGAGGCUGUCGGGAACGAAGAAGUGUUGAAAGUGAAAAACGAGAUUAUACCAAGUGAUGGGCUGUAUGAAAUUAAGAAUUUCCAAUAGUGUAGCCGCGAGUUGAGUGAGAAGGUUGUCGAAAGACCAGUGGGCUGCAGAAAUGCGGUGAGGCACUCGCAAAGUGAGCAAGCUAAGACACCUAAUUUGGAGUCUGUGGAGGCAAAUACAAAUUUUAGGACCGUUUUGUUGAAUAAAUCUUCAAAUGGAAGGUGUUAAAAGUGAAGAAUAAGGGAUGCUUUUUAAGUAAACAGUUGGUCGAGAACUUCGCUCUUGGUCGUUAAUCUGACAAGUGGUAGAGAACCGAGGUGUUCGAGAACCGAAUAAUUGAUUGAGCGCCAAGCAAGAGAUUGUGAGCGAGCAACUUGCUGAGACCUGUGCAAGUGCAUAAAGACCUUAUAAAUAGUGGAGAACCGAGCAAGUGGUGGAAAACCGUGCAAGUAGUGGAGAACCGAGUAAGUAUUGGAGAACCGAGCUAGUGGCCGAGAACCGAGAAAGUAGUGGAGAACCGAGCUAGUGGCCGAGAACCGAGCAAGUAGUGGAGAACCGAGCUAGUAGUGGAGAACCGAGCAAGUAUUGGAGAACCGAGCCAGUGGCCGAGAACCGAGCAAGUAGUGGAGAACCGAACUGAUAGUGGAGAACCGAGAAAGUAGUGGAGAACCGAGCAAGUAGUGGAGAACCGAGCAAGUGGUGGAGAACCGAGCAAGUAGUGGAGAACCGAGUAAGUGUCCGAGAACCGAGCAAGCAGUGGAGAACCGAGCUAAUAGUGGAGAACCGAGCAAGUAGUAGAGAACCGAGCUAAUAGUGGAGAACCGAGAAAGUAGUGGAGAACCGAGCAAGUAGUGGUGAACCGAGCAAGUAGUGGAGAACCGAGUAAGUAGUGGAGAACCGAGUAAGUGUCCGAGAACCGAGCAAGCAGUGGAGAACCGAGCCACUGGCCGAGAACCGAGCAAGUAGUGGAGAACCGAGCAAGUAUAGUGGAGAAUCGAGCAAGUGCCUGAGAACCGAGCAAGUAGUGGAGAACCGAGCAAGCAGUGGAGAAUCGAGCAAGUGUCCGAGAACCGAGCAAGUAGUGGAGAACCGAGCAAGCAGUGGAGAACCGAGCAAGUAGUGGAGAACCGAGCAAGCAGUGGAGAACCGAGCAAGUGUCCGAGAACCGAGCAAGCAGUGGAGAACCGAGCAAGCAGUGGAGAACCGAACAAGCAGUGGAGAACCGAGCAAGCAGUGGAGAACCGAGCAAGUGUCCGAGAACCGAGCAAGCAGUGGAAAACCGAGCAAGAGUCCGAGAACCGAGCAAGUAGUGGAGAACCGAGCAAGUAGUUGAGCAUCGAGAAAUUAGUGGAGAACCGCGAGAAUGUUCGAGAACCGCAAGAAUGUUUGGGAACCAAGAUUGAAGUCGCCCGGGGAGCAAAUGUUCGAGAAACAUUGUGCACAGGAGCUGUCUCUACCGCUGAGCGGCAGCUUAGGUGAAGCUGCAGGGUAGGACCGAUAACUGUUGGCGAAAGUUUUUCCUGAACCGAGAAGAGGGUUUGGGAAAUGGCAAUCUGAAGCUAAAAUUCAAUAUACUCCUCCAUCAUUUCUUAUUGGCUGAGAGGCGGUUGUGAGAGUAUGCAUAGUAUGUGUUAGUCAGCGGCACCGAAAUCUGUGUGGAGAAUUGUAUUCUAUGAAGAAUGAUGAAAGUUUGCUGUAUGUUAAUUUAUAUUAUUUGCAUAUUAUCUUCAAUAUAAUCUUGACAGGAUUUCUACUGUGCAUUAUAUAGGCAUUUUUCCGGAUGUUAUAUUUGCCAGAAUGUGUAGUCACGUAACAUUUAGGCUCAUAUUAUUUGUGUUUAAAGAAAUCGUCGAGUAUUCAAUGUAUAAAACUUAGAUUUAAAUUGUAAAAAAUUUUCAAGGCGAUUGAAUAGUUACACUAAAUUGCUCAUCUUGGUGUAUCGUCUGGUCCUGGAUCAUGGAAGUUUUGAUCAUGGCGGUAUUCAUUAUUAAAAGCAAUUAAUAUUAGCAUUAACGUUAAUAAAAAAUUAACAUUACCAUCAAUGGUAAUAAGCAAGAAAUAUUACCAUCAAUGUUAAUAAAAAAUUAACAUUACCAUCAAUGGUAAUAAGCAAGAAAUAUUACCAUCAAUGUUAAUAAACAAUUAAUAUUAACAUCAUUGUUAAUAAACAAUAAAUAUUACCAUCAAUGUUAAUAAACAAUUAAUAUAACAUCAAUGUUUUACAUUACCGACAGCUUAUGUGGAGCCAUUGAAUAGCGGACAACAUGCCAGUUAUUCAUGCUCACCGGCUUCAAUUUGCAACAGGGCGUCUGUCUGGACAUCGGUUAGUUCAUUUUAAUGCUAUUGUUCCCGUAAUAAAAAUUUUAACGAAGAGAUGUCCAAUU